UUCCGAAAUAUCUCCUCCCCGCGCUUCUUCCCCGGACCGGAGGACCCCAAAAUCAACGUUGCCGAUACCGUCCUUUCCUACAGUCCUAGUCGCCUUCGUGCUCGUACUCCUUGCUGCCGUUCAAGCUUCGGCAUCACAGCUAGGACAGAGCAACAGACGUUAGACACGCGAUCAUCCCUGCGGUAGUAGAUUAGGACUUGAUCAAGAUGGAGAGCCAGGUCGCCAUACCCCGGAAGUUGUGGGAGCACCCGGACCCGAAGAGCACGUUGAUGUACGAAUUCAUGCAGGACAUCAAUCGAAAGAGCGGACAAAGAUUGGAGACAUUCCGCCAGCUCUACGACUACUCCAUCACCCAUCGCUCCGACUUCUGGUCGCGCCUCUUCCAGUUCAGCAACUUCAUUUACGGCGGCAGCUAUAGCCGCGUGGUCGACGAGUCCGCGACGAUCGACCAGGUCCCGCGGUGGUUCGAGGGCGUGACCAUCAACUUCGCCGAGAACAUCCUGUACUCGCGGGCCGCGGCGGGCCCGCCGGGCCACCGCUCCAAGCUGCACAAGGACGAUGCCCGGGUCGCCAUCACCGAGGUGCGCGAGGGCGGGUCCGAGGUGCGAGAGUGCACAUGGGGCGAGCUCAGGAGCCGCGCUGCGGCGCUCGCGGCUGCCAUGUAUCACUCCAAGGGCGUCAGGAAGGGCGACCGCGUCGUCGCCGUCGCGGCCAACAGCGUGGAGACGUUCGUGGUGUGGCUGGCCACCAACUGGCUCGGGGCCAUCUUCUCGAGCAGCUCGACGGACAUGGGCACCAAAGGGAUACUGCAGCGCAGUGUUCAGGUGAACCCCAAGGUGAGCAACGGCCCUCCGUUGAGUUGCGUUCUCUCGACGCCGGAUUACCAAGCUGACCAACUCACUCAGCUUAUCUUCGUGGACGAUGCAGCCCUAUACAACGGCAAGAUCGUCGAUCUCCGCCAAAAGAUGAAGGAGAUAGUGGAGGGCAUGAAGGACUGCGACGCCCUGACCGGGCUUAUCUCAAUCCCUCGCUUCAGCGAGCCGCGGGAUAUCAGCUCCGUGCCCAAGGCGGAAACCCUCGCGGGACUUCUGCGCAGCACCUCCCGGCCGGCGCCCGGCUUUGUCCGCACAGCCUUCCACGAGCCCUCGCUCAUCUGCUUCUCCUCAGGCACGACCGGGAUGCCCAAAGCCAUCACACACUCCCAGGGCGGCCUGCUGCUGUCGUACUUCAAGGAGGGUCGGCUGCACGAGGGCCAGGGCCCAGACACGGUCGGGCUACAGUACACGACGACGGGCUGGAUCAUGUAUGUUGCGAAUGCGGCCCUGCUCCUGUGGGGUGCGCGCUCCGUGUUCUACGACGGAUCGCCGUUCCAGCCCGACGUGACUGUCCUCAUCAAGAUCCUGGCCGAGCAGGGCGUUACCAAGUUCGGUACGAGCCCGCGGUGGCUAUUCGAGGUUGCCAAGGCUGGGUUGAGCCCACGGGAGAUGGCCGACCUGUCGAGGCUGAAAGUGGUGACUUGCACAGGGAUGGUCUUGUCUGACCAGCUGUUUGAGUGGUUCUAUGACAAGGGGUUCCCCCAGCACGUUCAGUUGGGGAACAUCUCGGGCGGCACCGACCUUGCCGGCUGUUUCGGUAUCUGCAAUCCUUUAGAGCCGCUGUACGUCGGAGGGACUCAAGGCCCUUCUCUGGGCACCGACGCGCGCAUAUUCGACUCGACACUCCCCGAUGGUCCGGGCAAGGAAGUGCCACACGGUACACCCGGCGAGCUCGUGGCGACAAUCGCCUUCCCCAACGUGCCCUGCCGCUUCUGGAACGACAAGGAGCCCGUGGCGACACCGGGCUCCAAGUUCCACUCUGCAUACUUCAAUCGCUUCGAGCACGUCUGGGCACACGGCGACUUCUGCGUGAUUCACCCGGUCACAGGUAACAUCUCUUUCCUGGGGCGCGCCGAUGGCGUAUUGAACCCCUCCGGUGUGCGCUUCGGCUCCGCGGAAAUCUAUUCCGUGAUUGAGCGGCGUUUUGCAGAUCGAGUGCAAGACUCCCUUUGCGUUGGCCAGCGGCGGCCGACAGACCAGGACGAGACGGUAAUAUUGUUCCUCCUAAUGAAGCCCGGGUAUAGGUUCGACACCGCGCUCGUGGGAGAGAUCAGAGAGGCCAUCAGUAAGGACCUCUCAAAGCGUCACGUGCCCAAGUAUAUUUUUGAGACGCCUGAAAUUCCUACAACUAUCAACAUGAAGAAGGUAGAGCUCCCGGUCAAGCAGAUCGUGUGUGGACAGACAAUCAAGCCGAGCGGCACCCUGGCCAACCCGCAAAGCCUGGACUUUUACUACCAGUUCGCCAAGGUUGAGGAUCUGGUCGGGCCGAAGGGCAAGUUGUAAAUGUUCGAAAGCUUGUUAGAGUUAGACGGUCAAGAACUACAUUUAGAGAAUUUUCAGGGUUUCUCAUGGGGUUCUACAAGACAUGCAUCGCAAUUAAGGGCCGAAGAGGAUAGUAGGGCGGGACUGAAGAUGGGUUUUUACUAGAAAUCCGAGUGGUCGCGAUGGCGUGAAAGUUGUGAGUAUGAACUGGAAAUUGAAUAAUUGAUGUCAGUGAUAUGUGUUUGUGCUCAAUACCGGCAGAGGCAGCUGUUGAGCCGGCUUUGGUGUGAUGAUAUCGCAAUCUCGGAGUUGUGCAAUCAGCACACUUGGACCCCUUUGCCCGCUGUCAGUCCAGCAUUACUUCGUGGCUGGAAAUGUCGAGGAGCAGCAUCAAGGAGGUCGUUAGGCUGACAGAAGCCCAAUGAUGACAAAAUGGGGGCGGGCCUCAGACAGGUAUUGCACAACUAGGUCGCUUAGGUGAGGCCAUGGAAAUACAGUUCCAAUAGACAGACACGCUGUGAGUAGACUGGUUGGCGGUGGUGGGCCCUGUGUUUGGGGCUUGGGCCUCAGUCUUUGGUCUGCGAGGUAAACCCGAAACAAUCGCAAGACCAUCAUUUAGUCCGGAUGCAAUCAUACCG